AUAACUCAACUCAAAUAACACCGUCAAUAACCCGGAAUAUACAAUCUAUACAAUCUAUUACUUCUAUCUUACCUACUACUGCUCCUUCCUCUGACUCUGACCAAAAUAUUUCGCAGCCUACAGCAAAUAUUACCUUUGUUGUCACUCAAAAUCUUGUUAUUACAAUAACGAGUAUAUCUACUGUUUAUCCUUCAAUUCCGGCUGCCCACAAUCCGAAUCUUCCCGCUGGUUCAAAUAAUGGUGGUUCGUCUCCCGAUGACGGAGGAAACUCAUCAGGUCUAGUGAUAGGCGUUUCCCUCGUUGCUACUAUUUGUCUCAUAGGUGCUCUAACAUCGUUUUGCUAUUGUUAUCGAAGACAUCGUUUAUUACAAUAUGAUGAUGAUGGUGGUGAAGUAGUAUUAAGGGUGGAUCAGGAUCCUUUCCAAAGUACAUUGGACCAAUAUCAUAGGAAUUUACUUAGUAUUAGUACUGAUACUUCUCUCGAGGCCAUGUGCGAAAAUAAUUCAAAUGUGCACAUAGUAUGG